AUGUCCCAAUCGGACCUAUCAUUCCCUCUGCUCAGUCUGUUGAGUAAAGAAAGAGCCGUUUACGGUCUUCGAAAUGGUGAUCACGAGCGAUACAGACGACAUUGCGCCAAUAAGAUCCAUAGACUCCGUCAAGUAACAGGUCAAACUUGUGGUAAAGGGAAAACGUACAAAUCACCUCCUAAAUUAGAUACAGAUAGCGUCAAAGAUGUUCGAGACCUUCAAUUAUUAUUAUUCUCAGCUGAAAGAGCUUUAGCUCAUUCUCAUUCUAUCAAAUCUGAAUUGACUAGAAUCAAAAGUAAAAACACCAAUACCACCACCAGUACCAGUAAAUCGAAAACUAGUCCAAAUUCAUCUCCUUCAGCAUUGAAGAAAGAUCAAUUAUCGUGGUUAAGGAAAUCACUUAAAAUCUCUACUUCAUUAUUCGAUUUAAUCAAUGCACUUUCAUCCAUUCCUGACAAGGUAGAUGGCGACAACGACAAGAACGAACAAAGCAAAAUGAUUAUCAAUCAAAAGACUAAAAGUGAAAUGACAAUUUAUCAAUUAACGAUUAGAUCUGAAUUGUUUUUUGAAAAAGGAGAUUUUGGAUCAUGUUUGUCAGAUUUAGCAGUAAGACGUAAGAUCCUAAGUCUUUUAAAUCAAGGAUCCAAAAAUUCAUAUGAUGAAGCUUUAUCAAAUGAAUAUAUCGAUUCACAUGAUUCUUUGAUAAGAUACUGUGCGUAUAAAUUAGGACGAAAUGAUUCACAUGAUAUAUCAGGUGUGAUGAAAGAUCUGGAAAGUGGAAAUGGGAACGGUGAUGACAAAGAUGGGGAUGAAGAUGUUUUGGAAGCCGCUUUGCCAGGUUUAAAAGAUGUGUUGGAAAAUCUCAAGAAUGAAUUGGGCAAUGAGGAAAUCGAAAAAGAUAAAAAGAAGUUGAAUGAUAUUUCAUUCUCGAAUGAGAAGAUCGAAUUCAGAAACGCUGAAUUAGUCAAAAUCAUGACUAAAGUUCAAGAUGUUUUAUAUAGAUUUGAGAAUAAAAAAGGAAAAGGUAUGAGAGGUUGGGAUAGAGUAUUAAGUGUUUUGGGUGAAGCUGAAGGUAUCGCCAGGAAAUUAAAGGAUGAUCAUGAGGCAUCAGGAUCAUCUACAUCACUUCGUUCAAACGAGAUCACCAAAUCGCUCAAUCUGGCUCAUGACUAUAUCAUUCAUCUACUUUUAUCUCAUCGAAUCAAGCGAGAUUUAUCCUUGAUCGAUAAUCUUUCUGCCACUUUAUCGACUUGUUUACCUACAAACGUCGGAGAUCUAAAGAUUAAAGGUGGCAAAGUGAAAACUGAAGAGAUAGUCAAAGGUUUAGGUGGAAUCAUCAAAUUACUUGAUACCGUCUUACAGAGUUUAAGAGGUAUAUCAGAAUUAACAAUUGUUCAAGAAAAAGAAGGUGUCCGAAUCGGUGUACAGGGUUUAGAAAAUUAUUAUCACGCUUUAAGAUGUUAUUAUCUAGCUAGAUUACAUUGUCUUCAUCCAAAUUCAUCAUACCCUUCUUCGGUUGCUUUAUUGGAAAAAGCUAAAACAUCAAUCGACAAUUCUGUUCAUGAUCUCACCAAUCCUAUCAUCCCAUUAGAAGAAGAGAUAAUCUCUAUAUCAAAAGAAACGAUUGAAACUUUGAAAGAAGAUAUUGAGAUUUUAGAUGUGGCUUCAAAGAAAGGAUUAUUCUCUCAAAAUAUCGAAAAACCAGUCUUCUUCGAUAUGGCUUUCAAUUAUAUCGAUAUUCCUUUCGAUGAAUUAGAGGUUCUCAGCGGCAAGAAAGAGAAAUCUACUUUGACUUCCAAUUCAACUUCGACUUCGACUCAGACCGGAGCUCAGGUGAUCGAAAGUGCCAAUACAGUGAAAGACAAAGCAGUAGAAGGGAUCAAGAAAUUGACUAGAGAAACCAGAGAAACUACUCCUUUCGUAGAGAGACAUUCUAAUGAUGAUGACGAAGACACUUCAUCUGCGAAUCAAGCGCAAGGACAAAAGAAAGGUUGGUUAGGUGGCUGGUUUGGUAAGAAAUAG